AUGGCUUGGAGUUUCCGUGGACAAGCCCAGCUGGGGGGCCUGCUCCUCUCCCUCCUCGGCUGGGUCUGUUCAUGUGUCACCACCAUCCUGCCACAGUGGAAGACUCUCAAUCUGGAACUGAACGAGAUGGAGACCUGGGGCAUGGGACUUUGGGAGGUCUGUGUGAAUCAGGAGGAAGUUGCCACUGUGUGCAAGGCCUUUGAUUCCUUCUUAUCUUUGCCCCAGGAGCUCCAGGUAUCCCGCAUCCUCAUGGUGACCUCCCAUGGGCUGGGACUUUUGGGGCUUCUGCUUUCUGGGCUUGGGUCCGAAUGCUUCCAGUUUCGCAGAAUCAGAUGGGUACUUAAGAGGCGACUUUGCCUUCUUGGGGGAACAUUGGAGACAUCAGCAUCAGCCAUGACCCUCUUUCCAGUUUCCUGGGUGGCCCAUGCCACAAUCCAAGACUUCUGGGAUGACAGCAUUCCUGAGAUUGUGCCUCGGUGGGAAUUUGGAGAUGCCCUUUACUUGGGCUGGGCAGCUGGUAUUUUCCUGGCCCUUGGUGGAUUAAUUCUCAUCUUCUCAAUUUGCCUGGGGGAAGAAGAUGUGCCCUCUCCCUGGAUGGCUAGCCCUACAACCCCACCGUCCUGUGUUCCAGCAGAGGAAUUCAACGGAUCCUUCUGUCUAACACCAAGAGCGAAGAACCAGGUCAUCUAG